AUGAAUCGGAAACAGGAUAGAUACUCCUCGCGGCCACGGAGCCUCACAUCACACUAUGGCUCCUCGCCGAGCAUGCUGGGUUCGAUGCUCGGGGGACAAUACAAUUCAUACGCCAAUAGCUAUUCUAACAGCUACAGUCCCAGUACAUAUAGAAACUACAAUCCCUACUCCGUCGGUUUGGGACGACCCACCAGUAGUCUAGGGAUAUACGGGGGCACGAGUUCGGGUUACGGUGGAGUGUAUUUGAGUAGUGCCACGUUGGGUUCGUUGAAUCUGAUGACGCCGGUGUUGAAGAAGUUGGACAAGAAGAUAUUGGCGAGUCAGAAGAAUUUCAAACCGAAACCGGUGCCUCCGGUGAAGGUGCCAGAGGUGGUGGAUGCACCAGAGGAGCCGCCCGUUAGACCGGAGAGGAAGUCACGAACGUUAAGCCGGAGUACAGCUCUUGAUAAGGAAAGAUCUAGGUCGUUAACAUCACUGGACAGUGUGAAUACGCUUAACACGCGAACCCUUAGCCUCAGCUCGCUCGCUUCAGAUGGGUAUAUUUCUGGUAGUGAACGAACGGAGGAUACAGAAGAAAAGGACUACAAGGCUCUAUACGAAGCAUCACAAAAUGAAGUUAGAAGAUUACGCUCUUUGCUGUCAACAUCCGAGCAACAGUUGCGUGACGCACGGGCAACUAUCACCAGACUCACACAAGUGAACCAAAACUCACUGUCGGAGAUAGAGAAACGUGAAAAGAGAGCGAUGGAAAGAAAACUCUCGGAAAUGGAAGAAGAAUUAAAGCAAUUGCAAAAGUUAAAAGCCGAGAACGAAAGGCUGAGAGCUGAAAAUCGUGCGCUUACGCGGGUCUAUCACCAAGCGCUGCAGGCUGAGAAUCAGCGCCUGAAAGACGAGAACGGCGCGCUGAUUAGGGUUAUCAGUAAAUUGUCCAAGUGA